AUGUUGAUGGGGUCCCUGGACUGCCGUCAGUAUGUGAGUCGAUUUCACAGCUGCUUGUGAAGCUGUGUACUCGGAGCCAUGCUGAACCUCGACCCUGCGCGUUCACAGUCUGUGAGUGAUCGGCAGCUUUCUCACCAGUUCCCGUGACAAGUCGUAGGGCACAGAGGUAACCAGGCCGUCCUAUCUCACAGCACAUGGCCUCAAACUCCCUGCCACCGCGCAAUUGGUGUACUGUUCCGGCCAAAUCCACUCGGAAAACGGACCGGGAGGGACGGUUGUCGUCCAGGGAUCGACGGCUGAUAAGACGGUGCGGCACUCGAGGGGUGUUUGUGCCCAGGGUCGUUGGCUCAUUAGAGUCUUGUAUGUCUCCAGAAAAUGAUCAUUGGCAAUUUGGAGAAGGUGUUGAAGGCGGGGGGAUCGUCCCUCACUCAGGUCAGCCUUGAAGCCCGUUCUUCCCCACAUCCCGCCUUCAGCACUUGACCUCCGCUCUGAAUUUUCUCGUCCUCCAGCUCGUCAAAGUGUAGGUCUAGGAUCUCAGAAAGCCCUUGCACGAUCUCACAAAGACACUAAUUUUCCCCUCUACGAUGCACACCACAGCAACAUCUACAUCACCUCGUUCGACUUUUUCGGCGAGAUGAACGAAAUCUACAACGAAUUGAUCCCGAACCCCAAGCCGCCGCGUACGUGCGUGUGCGUCAAGGAUCUGCCUUUCGGGGCUCAGAUUGAGAUCGAAUGUACCGGGUGGACCGAGGAUUGA